UAAAGCACAUGGUUUAAGGUCAAAAGGUCGACAACGUGCUGUAUUAUUUUACAAGCCUAAAAGCCUCUAAAGACACAGAGAUGACACAAUAUCUACCUCCUAACCUUCUGGCCCUGUUCGCACCUCGAGAUCCUAUCCCUUACUGUGCUCCUCUUGACGUUCUGCCCUGGGACAAGAAGCCAUGGCCGUAUACUGGCAUUGCCCAGUAUGUAGGGCUCUUUGAGGAGGCCAGUGAAACACCUCCAGCUACUAGAGCAGAAACUAAAGAUGAGAGAGCAGCUAGGAAGCAACAAGAGCGUACUGAGAGGCAAAGUGCUGCACUCAAGGCACAAGUGGAUAAAUGGGACCUUCCGAAUGACCCCAAUGUAGAGGGUGACCCUUUCAAGACACUCUUUGUGGGCAGAAUAAACUUUGACACCUCUGAGAGUAAACUAAGGCGAGAGUUUGAGCAGUACGGUCAUAUCAAGGCGAUCAAGGUGAUGGUGAAUAACCAGACUGAGAAGCCUCGUGGUUAUGCCUUCAUUGAGUAUGACAAGGAGAGAGACAUGCAUUCUGCUUAUAAGAAUGCUGAUGGGAAGAAGAUUGAUGGUAAGAGAGUGGUGGUAGAUGUAGAGAGAGGACGGACUGUCAAAAGUUGGAGACCACGACGUCUGGGUGGGGGACUAGGAGGGACGCGAAGAGGCGGACCCAACGAAAACAUCAAGUACUCAGGAAGGGUUGAUGAGAGGGACGUUGGUGGUGAUGACCGCUCUACCAGAUCACGUGAUAGAGGAGAUCGUGAGAAACUUCGCAGUCAGAGUAGAGAUCAGAGUAGAGAUGAUCGCAGGAGACGUAGCCGGAGCAGAGAGAAGCCACGCCGAGAUAGAAGCCGCAGUCAAGAGCGAAGGGACUCAGACAAGAGAGACAGGCCCAACAGAAACAGAUCUGAUAGGGAUAGACCUGACAGGGACAGAUCUGAUAGGAGCAGGCCUGACAGGAACAGAGAGAAGUCUGAUAGGCCUGAUAGAGAUAGGUCUGACAGAGAUAAGCCUAACAGGGACAGGUCCGACAGAGACAGGUCUGACAAGCCCGACAGAGAUAGGUCUGACAAGUCCGACAGAGAUAGGUCUGACAGAGACAGGUCUGAUAGGGACAGGUCCAGCAGGAGAGACAAGGACAGAGAUCGUGACAGAGACAGCAAGGACAAGGAAAGAAGCAAGGAUAGGAAGAGGGAGAGAGAGGAGAAAGAUGGAGAGGAGAGAAAGAGGAUGAAAGUGGACCCUGACCCUCCGCGUAGCAAUGGGUCAGAGGGCACCAGUGAGGGACUCAUCAAGACUGAGAGCUGAACAAUAAUUAUACUAAACUAUUAUUAUUAUUAUUGAACUAACAAUUAAUGGUGCUGUGUACAUACAUGUGUUGCUUUCUGAUCUGUAAAUGCCAUGUACAGCUUAUGAUUCAUUAAUUAUGCCUCGA